UUGUGUUUAUUCUUGAUUAUUUGUCGAUAAUUAAGAAGAAAAAAAUCAUCGCCACUCCAGGAAGUUUUGUUAGUAAGUUCUGCACUUUUGCAAUUGAAAUUAAAGUAAUUGUUCGUAUUCGGCGUGAUCUUUAUACGGCAUAUGUUAAAGUACACAAACUCUCAUUAUCUCGAGUAAACGUAUUAGUGACGUUUAGAGUUUAUCAGAAAUCUGACGUAACCACAAGGACAAUGGUUGCCUCACUCAAACCGAGAGAAUUCAACGAAGAUCAUCCAGGUCACACGGAACAACUCGUUAAUUGGAUACAUAGAGUACGAACAAAAAAAAUCAUGUGUCGUAGAAAUCGUAAACGUGAUUUAAGAGUAGAGGCUGUUUUAACAUCAGUGUUAAGCAAAGCGGAACUGGAACUACGUACCAAACAAAUUUCAAGAAUAGUAAAAUGGCAGCAAAUGAAGGAUCGGCUACUCGAAGAUAUCAAAUGCAAACAGGCCGAGCAUCAAAGUGGUAAAGACAAAGAUGGCGGCCAGAAGCAGUCCAACAAUUAUGGCGGAACCGACACGAAAGAGGAGUGCAACGCAUGGGAAUUGUUUCCGGAACUCCAAAGUCUUGACUCGUUUAUGUCACAACUUAACGAAAUAAAAGUUUCACUCGAACGAUGAACAACAUGUUUUCGAAGUUGAGCAUUGAACUAAACAAAAACGGAGCGCCAUGGAACGGCUUAUCUGUUUGUCGUGAGAAGAUAAUGACGCAGCAACUGAUGAGAAGCCAUAACAUCAACGCCUGUCCAACGUUAUUCCACCGCGUUAGGGAGAACGCGGUACAUCAGAUGCCAUGAGGACAUUGUAGUCACCUCUAUGCCAUCCUGUAUAUCUGGAUAUUUUUUAC